AUGAAUGGGGAUGAAAACACUGCUAUUUUUCAUGCCUCAUUGAAAGCUAGAAGGAUUCAAAAUCGCAUUUACUCUAUACACACUGAACAAGGCACCUGGGUGGAUACAGUAGAUGGUGUACAAAGAGCAUUUUUAGACUAUUAUCAGAAUUUAUUGGGGACUCAAUUGCAAAGUAGGAGGAAGGUAUCACCGGCUAUUGUUGAUUUAGGUCCUGGAAUUUCUGAGGCGCAUUCUAGGCUGCUGGUAGAAUCUUUUACAGCUCAGGAAGUUAAAGAGGCAUUAUUCUCCAUUCCAGGGAAACUACUUAAAGAGAUUAAUGCUACAACCAUCACACUCAUUCCAAAAAUCAAAUGCCCGGGCAAAGUGAGUGAUUUCCGGCCAAUCUCCUGUUGUAAUGUGCUUUAUAAAAUUGCAUCUAAAAUGAUAUGUGCAAGGUUGAGAAGGGUACUUCCGGAUUUGAUUGCAGAAAACCAAGGAGGAUUUGUUCAUGGGAGGUACAUAGCCCACAAUAUCAUGAUUUGUCAAGAUUUAGUUCAGCAUUAUGGAAGGAAAAACUGUAAGCCAAGCUGUUUGAUUAAAGUUGAUUUGCAGAAGGCAUAUGACACAAUAGAGUGGGAUUUCAUAGAGGAAAUGCUUGCUGCUUUUAAGUUUCCGAAGAAGCUUAUCCAGCUAAUCAUGAUUUGUGUUCGAACACCUAAAUUUUCCUUAAUGCUCAAUGGCUCUUUAUGUGGUUUUUUUGUAGCAAAAAGGGGAUUAAGGCAAGGAGAUCCAAAUGUCUCCAUUAUUGUUUGUGUUAGAGGGCUCAAACUGUUUUCGGGGACAUUUGGUUUGGUACCAAAUCAAAACAAGUCUGCAAUAUACUGUAGUGGUAUGAUAGAGGCUGAGGUUAAUAGAAUCCUAGAAGCUUCAGGUUUUGCUAGAAGCCAAUUACCAUUCAGAUAUCUUGGUAUUCCAAUUUGUUCUAAGAGAAUUUCUUCGGUGGAAUGUGGACUUAUUUUAGAAAAAAUGAUGCAUUGA